UUUAAGUGUUUGAAAAUUUUACGAUUUUGUUCGUGACAAUUAUAAAUAACUGCACUUUAACUACCUGAAAAUUAAACAGUUACAAAACAAUACCAAAUUACUAAUUUCGAACGUAAUGGUGCAAUUUUGCUUAAAGCCAUUCAGUUUGACAUUUAGAAGUGCCGGAAUGGUUUGUGAUUGGCGGUGAAUGUUCUACACGGGAUCACUAUUGGCGUAGACGAGAGCCGCGGGGGGGUGCGGAGAGCGAGGCGCCAUUACGAACAAUGGCCGUCCGAAUGGUCGUUAGCAAAUAGCUUUAACUCUUUCUAAUAUACGCUACGCAGGUAGGAAUUAAUGAGACGGAGAGGGUUCCGGCGCGACCGCCGCAAAUGCGCCCGUCUCGCUCGCACGCGCCGCCUCAACGGCGCGCGGCAGCGGCAACGCUCGCCACGACGCGACGGGGAAUUCGGAGUCGUAGAGCCUCAUACGCGGGUCAUAAACGAUUCGCGGCCAUAGUAGUGCACGCGCGAGAAUCGAUCCGAAUCGCCCGGCGAUAAACGCAUCUCCCGCGAGGCGAUCGUCGCGCGCCGCGUCGCCGAGCGAUGAGUUCCAAGUUCAUCAUCGAUAGCAUGCUCCCGAAGUACCACCAGCAGUUCCACCACCAGAACUUAUUCGCGGGUGCUGGUGCCUCGCCGAUCGAGGCGUCGCUAUCGUCGUCGCUGUCGUCGUCGUUGUCGACGUCGCUGAGCUCGUCGCUAUCGGGAGGCCUGGGGGCGGCGGCGCUGGGGGCCGGCUCGCCGGGCAACGGGAGUCCGCAGCGCUCGUCGAGCUCGUCCUCGGCCUCGCCAGGGGCGCCGGCGAGGAUGUAUCCAUACGUGUCACACCACCAGCAGUUCGGGGGCUCGGUGCCGUUUUCGGCCGGAGGAGGAUUGUCCGCAGCGGACGACAAGAGCUGCCGGUACCCGACUUCGGUGGGCGCAGACCCGAUGUACGCCUUGGGACAGCACAACGGAGGCGCGGCGGUCUCGGCGGCGUCGGCGAGCAUGGCGGCGGCGGCGCAGUUCUACCACCAGGCCGCGGCCUCGGCAGCGUCGGCCGCGUCGGCGGCCUCGGUGGACGCCAUGGGCGCCGCCUGCUCACAGCCCUCGGCUCAGCCUCUCCCCGACAUUCCGCGGUACCCCUGGAUGUCCAUCACCGAUUUUCCAUUUCCAGAUUGGAUGAGCCCCUUCGACCGCGUGGUCUGCGGUGAGUUCAAUGGGCCAAACGGUUGUCCACGACGGCGGGGCCGACAGACCUACACGAGGUUCCAAACGUUAGAGCUAGAAAAGGAAUUCCACUUCAACCACUACUUGACGCGCCGGCGCAGGAUAGAGAUCGCGCACGCGCUCUGCCUCACGGAGCGGCAGAUCAAGAUCUGGUUCCAGAACCGGCGCAUGAAGCUAAAGAAGGAGCUUCGCGCCGUUAAGGAGAUCAACGAGCAGGCGCGCCGCGAGCGCGAGGAGCAGGAUCGCAUGAAGCAACAGCAGCAGGAGAAGCAGGCCAAGCUCGAGCACCACGGACACCACGUCACGCACCACCACGACCCCAUGAAGAUGCCCCUCGACAAGGGCUCCGGCGACCUCCACAAAGUGAACAAGGUCCCGACGUAAGGCGCUCCUUGCUAGCAAAUCCUGACUGAUUCUGUAUCAUAUAGUGUGAAUACAUGAAUGCGAGUGCGUCCAAGGACGGCGGACUACGUUAGUCGUUUCGUAUCCACUAGUUUUUAUGUUUUGCGGCUGAUUUAGUCGCCUCGUUGUGGAGGCGUGUGACUCUGUAUAUGUUCCUUUAGUGCGGAGGCGGCCGCGGGCCCUAGGGCCCCAGGCGGCGCGUCGUGGACAGGCUGGUGAUGUGCUUUAAGCAUUUAUUUUGUUGCCAUAACCACACAUUGUAUUGCAAUAAUAUUUUACUAAAUUAACAAAAUCGCUCCAGGGUUUACACGGAGCCAGGGCGAUGAUCGGUAUUGUUAGUUAAGAUUUUAAAUCUGUGAAUCUCAUAGUAUUUAUUGCUACCACUUACUAUAAUCCAUUAUGUUAUAUUUUUUAUUAAUAGAUAUAUUCUGUACAUUUUGAUGUAUAUUUUAUUAUUUGUCCGCUCUCAGUGGACUGUUAUGUUUUGUCGGUCACAUUUUUUUUAUAAUUGUAAAAUUUGUUAUAUUUAUCAAUUGAUUUCAAAAGGGUUGUUGUCUCCUUUCAGUUUUUGACCAGUUGUAAUUCACAUCAGUAGUUAGGAUCAUAAAUUGUUAUUUAUUUGAUUUUAUGUUUAUAGGUACAUAGUGCUAGAACUGCUGCUUGGUCAUACUAUAUAUUGUUUACAAUAGUACAUAUAUCUUCAUUCUUUAUUGUAUAUACCUUCCUUAUUAAUUCCAUGAGAAGGUAAAAUAAAUAUUUAGUAACAAAAUACGUAUCGAAGUACAAUUGCAAAUAGGUCUUCGUCAUUAGUUGAUACUAACGUUAUGUGUUUGUGUUUGGUCUUCGGACCAGACAUUGAUUCGAAUUAGGCUGUAUUUUUUGAAAAAUAUAGUCGAAAAAUUCCUUGUCCAUAUACUCAAUAUAAAGAAAAUUAAACCAAAUUAACGAACAAAAGAAAAAUGACUUUCAAAGUGUUGUCCACAAUCAGGAAUCAUCUGAUGUUCAAAAUUAUAUACGUAACGAUGAAACAUAUAAUAAAUAGGUAACAAUAAUGUGACUAAAUAUAAAAUUUUACACGUAAUUUUAAAAGUGGAGUAGAAUAAGUGUAUAAUACAUAGAUAAUAAUAGGUCCGACUUUGUAUGAAUUAUUGAUAAACCUCUGUAUCUAGAGUAAUAUCUACACGCGCUAUUUAACAUUAUCAGAUUUCAGUAUUUCUUCUCAUUUCAA